GCUUCAAGCUGGAUAGACAAUAGAACUGAAUUUUUGGUUCCAACCAUUCAUUUACAUCAUUAUUAUUAUUAUUACAUGGAUAUAAGGAGGUCUGCGUAGGAACCCGUAUUGUUUUCUGGUGGAUUUACAUGAUGGAAUGGAGCGAGUGUUGAGUUUGAGCAGCUGUGAAACGGAGUAGUUGAACAUCAAUCGCAGCAUUAGUCCGGAGACAGCCCCAGGCAGCAGUCCAACAACCAGGAGGAGGAGAGAAGAACGGCAGAGGGAAAAAGAAGCCAAAGGUGGAUUUUAAGUGAAACCUAAAAGUUGUAUCUGGCAAAGAUCACCUGAUUCCAACAAACAUGGAUGGAGGACCCACCUGUGUCCAGUGUGGGAAGACUUUCACCAGAAUGAAUAGCCUUAAGAUACACUUACGCAUCCACACUGGAGAAAGACCAUAUGAGUGUGCUCAGUGUGGGAAGACUUUUACCAGAAUGAAUAACCUUAAAACACACCUACACAUCCACACUGGAGAAACACCAUAUAAGUGCGACCAGUGUGGGAAGAUUUUCACCCGACUGGAUAACCUUAAGACACACUUACGCAUCCACAGCGGAGAAAGACCAUAUAGCUGUGACCAGUGUGGGAAGACUUUCACCACAAUGAAUAACCUUAAGACACACCUACGCAUCCACACUGGAGAAAGACCAUAUGAAUGUGACCAGUGUGGGAAGACUUUCAUCAGAAAGGGUGAGCUUAAAAUCCACCAACGCAUCCACAGCGGAGAAAGACCAUAUGCGUGUGACCAGUGUGGGAAGGCUUUCAUCAGACAAAGUGAGCUUAAAAUCCACCUAUUCAUCCACACGGGAGAAAGGCCAUAUCCAUGUGACCAGUGUGGGAAGGCUUUCACCCAAAUUAAUAACCUUAAAACACACCUUCGCAUCCACAGAGGGGAAAGACCAUAUAGCUGUGGCCAGUGUGGGAAGACCUUCACCCGCAUGACUCACCUGAAGACACACCUACGCAUCCAUAGAGGAGCAAAACCAUAUGACUGUGACCAAUGUGGGAAGACUUUCAGAACCUUGUCAGCGUUAUGUACUCACCGUCAUCUUCACCGCAAGAAGCUGAUGUACCCAUGUGAUAAGUGCACGAAGAUACUCUGGUCGUCACACUCUUCAAAGUAUCACCAAUGGACCCAUACUGGAGAGAAACCCUACCAGUGCAGAUUUUGUGACAGAUCAUUUAUUACAGGUUCACAAUGUACCAAACAUGAAUGUGUCAAACAUUUGCACAAAGGACAAAAACUGAACAACUGCACAAAAGAUAAGGCUCUAGACACUAGUGGAAACAAUCAUUGUCAUAACACACCAAAACAGAUGUGAAAAAAGAUUCUUGUCAUCCUCUGCUCUCUCCAAUCAUCAGCACAGAUGUGAGUCAUCAACAUUUGGACCAAAAAGUAUCUCAGCAUCAGAUGACAACAAGAAAC